UCUAGAUUAUGAUAAAACAAUUCUAUGUUUCAGGUGUUUUUCAAAUGUAAUAUGGGAAAUCAAUCCAAAAUAUUCGAGGGUUUUAAAGCCUUAGGAUUACAUUCUUCUCAUAUUCGACAUGUUAUACGACUACACAGAAGAUUGAAUGACUUCUAUGUGAUUGUACCUGUUGGGAAAGUUUUCCACACCUACAACUGCUCAAAAUUGGGAAUAUGUUACGUUAGCAACAGUCACCCACAAGAUAUUGAAUGUAUUGCUGUUGAUUCAUUCCUUGUUUACACUGGAUGUCAGAAUGUAGUGAGAGUAUUUGAAUACAAUACUCAGAUCAAAUAUACACUUGAAGGCCACACAAGUGAUGUACAUUUGAUACAUCCUUUAGGCAAGCACCUCAUUUCAGUUGAUAAGUCAAAUUGUGUCAAGAUAUGGCAUGUACAAACUGGUGAACAAUAUCUUAACAUAGAAUUUUCAUCAUCCGUGUUUGAAAUAACUACCUUGGUUCAUCCAAGUACUUAUGUGAACAAAGUUCUGUUUGGUAGUAAGCAAGGAUUGUUGCAGUUGUGGAAUGUUUCAAGGAAUAAAAUGCUGUAUGAGUUUGGACCUUGGAAAGACUCUCGUAUCACAUGCCUUGAGCAAAGUUCUGCAGUGGAUAUUAUAGGGGUGGGAACAGAAACAGGUGAUAUCUUGUUACUUAACUUAAAAACCGGAGAUGUUUUAAUGAAGUUUAUGCAAGACUAUGGACCAGUUACUUGCAUAAGCUUUUUGACUGAUGGUUCAAGCACUAUGGCUACUGGGACAGUAUCGGGUCAUAUUUGCUUGUGGGAUUUGGAGGAAAAGAUCCUGAAAGGGUUAAUGUCUAAUGCUCAUGCUGCUAGUGUUGCUGGUUUGACGUUCAUUCCAUCACAGCCUUUAAUGGUGACAAAUGCUGCGGAUAAUACUAUUAAAAUCUGGGCCUUUGAUACAGAGGAUGGUAUGGGGCGUUUGUUGAGGGAGAGAUCGGGCCAUUAUGGUCCCCCAGUCAAAGUUCGUUUUCACGAUGAGACAUCUGUUAUUUCAUCAGGUUAUGACUCAACAAUUCGAUUAUUUUCAUGUGUACAUAGCAGUAAAGAUAAAAACUUCGGCCAAGCUUCAAUGAAUCGAGCACAAGCAAAGAAGAAGGGUAUUCGAAUUGAUGACAAGAAACUGCCUCCUGUAGUUGAGUUUUGUGUUGAACGGGCAAGAGAAAGUCAAUGGGAUGGACUUGUAGCUGUUCACUACCGGCACCCACUUGCCACAAGUUGGAACGUCAAGUGCAGUCGCAUGGGGUCUCAUAAGUUCCUUCAUGACAGGUUUAAAACUGCUGGAAAAGGUGAAAAGAAGUUGGUGUCGUUUAAAAAUCACCAUGUUACAAGCGUAGCGCUUACAGCUUGUGGGAAUUUUACUCUGAUUGGAUAUAGCACCGGUCACCUUGAUAUGUACAACAUACAAUCUGGUAUUCAUCGUGGCACUUAUGUUGAUAAAAGUUUAGGGAAAACUGCUGGUGACAAAGCACAUUCUGCAUCUGUGGUUGGGGUAGCUGUGGAUGCUCUGAACCAAAUAACUGUGACUGCUGGAAACGAAAAAUGUUUUAAGUUUUGGAGAUUUAAGGAGAACACGAUUCUGGAUAAAUUGGAGUUGGAUUGUGUUCCUUCGCAAAUUAACUUGCAUAGAGACAGUGGAAUGGUAGCGGUUGCAUGUAAUGAUUUUUCCGUCAAAGUGGUUGAUAUUGAUACAAGAAAAGUUGUACGAAACUUUACUCACCAUACUGGUGUGAUUAAUGAUCUAUGUUGGAGCAGUGAUGCAAGAUGGCUGAUCACUGCAUCCAGUGAUUGCACAGUAAGAACGUGGGAUUUACCAUCUGCUACUCUUAUAGACUGCUUUGCCGUUGAUAAUGCAGUCACCAGUUUAAAUUUGUCUCCCAACUGUGACAUGCUGGCAACAUCCCAUGUAGAUGAUCUUGGUGUUUACAUUUGGUCAAAUAGAUAUUUGUAUUCUCAUAUUUCACUUCAGCCAUUGCCAUUGGACUAUGAGCCAGAUGAUGCGGUGGAUCUCCCCCUCACAAUUCCUCUCCCUGUUUCAGAGGUUGCGGAAACUCCUGAUGAAGAAAAGCAAGCAAAUGAAGACAUAAAGUGUGAACAACUUGAAAGUAAUCUAAUCACUCUUGCUUGUCUCCCUCAGUCACGAUGGGCAAAUCUUCUUCAACUUGAUGUUAUAAAGCAAAGAAACAAGCCGAAAGAAGCCCCAAAAGUCCCUAAAUCUGCUCCAUUCUUUCUCCCAACAGCUUCUGCACUCGUCCCAAGCUUUAUUACUGAUCCGGAUGUAAAAGACACCGAUUCUUCGAAGAUCACAUCACUAAAAUCUAUUGAGAACUUUUCAGAAUUUGCAGCCAUUUUAAACAAUUGCAGUUCAAUUGAAAAUUACAGCUCAGCUUUGGAAUACUUAAAAAAACAAGGUCCAUCCGCCAUAGACACUGCGUUACGCUCAUUAGACCCCUUUUGUGGUGGUUCAAAUGCUUUACUUGAGAUCUUUUUAGAUUUCGUUGAAGAAAUUUUUAUUUCUCGACGCGAUUUUGAGGCAAUCCAAGCCUAUUUCGGACUGUUUUUAAAAAUUCAUGCCGACACACUUGCCUCAAUACCUGGGGUAGAGUCUAAACUAGAACGAAUCCUUAAGAGGCAAGAAGAAGACCGAAAAGAAAUUUCAUACUUAUUAAACCAAGCGAUGUGUGUAACAAAUUUUAUAAAAUCUGCUGGAAUUUAAAUCUAAUCCUGUCUUUCAUUAAAUAUUUUAUGUACUUUUACAUAACAACUGUUUUGUUUUAGUCAUACAAAUAUCUUGGUGCCUUUCUUCCUAAGUUUUUCAUCUUGUCAUGGCUAUUCAAAAGCAUUAAAUGUUUGUGGUAAAUAAUGUAUUUGAAAAUACACGAACACUACAGGAAA